AUGGCCCGUGCAGCUCGCUGGCCCCAUGCACUCUGGGUAGCGCAGCAGAUGCAGGAGGACGGCAUAUCACCAAACUCCAUCACCACAACGUUGCUCCUCGUUGCGUGUCGCCCACAACGUUGGUGCUCCGCACUGCUUCUGCUCACAUCCGCGAUGUCACUCGCAGCCUGGAAUGUGGUUCUAGGGCUGGCCCCCACUCCGCGCUUGGCCUUCAAGUGGCUGAUCCAGAUGACGGAGUCUACGGUCAGGCCCGAUCCCGUCAGCUUCGGUGCCGUGGUCGCCAGCGCGAGUGCCGGGAGCUUCUGGCAGGAAGCCGUAAGUGCCAUGGAUUUGGGGCGGAGCAGCCUGGGAGAGAGGCCACUGCCGGGAGCUCGCUGCGCCACUCUCAGUGCCUUUGCCCGCUGCGCACGCUGGCGCACUGCACGGGAGGUCCUCGCAUCCACGACCUCACCAGGAAGAGAAGAGCUCAAUGCUGCAACGGGAGCCGUGGAGCUCUGGGCUGAUGCUCUGGCGAUACUUUUUAGUCAGCGAGAUCGUUCGGUGCGCCCGGACUCCUACGGCCGCAAUGCUGCAUCUACCGCGUCUGCUCGUGCUGGGCACUGGCGGCAGGCGUAUGCUCUGACCUUCCGGGUUGGUGACCUUGAUGCCGUUGGUAUCGGCACCAUCUUCAACGGGCUUGCGAUUACAGCAACUCCAGUUCCAGAGGCUUGGGCUCGAGCAUGGAGCCUUCUAGCACUGAUGGGAAGUCAAGGCAUGCUCCUGGACACGCUCGCUUUGAACGCCGGCGUCGCGCUGCCGCGCUGGCGGCGUGCUGCCGUGCUCUUGGCCGCCUUCCCGGCUUAUCAGCUGCGGCCAAACUCCAGCAACCAGACAGCAAGUGUAAGUGCGGGAGGAGUGGGAGCUUUGCCUAUGAUGAUGUGUGUUGAUAUGACACAGAAGGAAGGCACGACUACUUGCAAAAGAUGA